GCUUAUUUCAGAAGAUCCAUCAAGAAGCUCAAAAGUUGAUGUUUCCAUAGUGGAAGUUUACAACAAUGACAUUUUUGACCUUCUGGCCAAAGACAGUUCCACAGCAGGGUCAGGGGUCAAGCGCGAGGUGAUGACAACCAAGGCAGGAAGGAAGGAGGUGGCGUUGCUGACCCAGAAGGCAGUGGGCAGCGCCGCUGAGCUUGUGAGGCUCGUGUGGGCAGGCCAGCAACUCCGGGCUCAGCACCCCACACUGGUGCACGCAGAGUCGUCCAGGUCUCACCUAAUCAUCACUGUGACUCUCACCACAGCCCCUGGCUCUGAUGGCACCGGUAAGCCCACCUGCCCGCAGCCUCAGCCCACGGUGGCAGGAAGGACGGAUAGGAGCAGGAGCAUGUCUCCUGGAGCUUCACCCUUGAGGCCCAUCCCCAAGGACCCCACAGGGCACAGCGAGAAGGUGUGGGCCAGGCUGCAGCUCGUGGACUUGGCAGGCAGCGAGUGCGUCGGCAAGUCCGGGGUGACUGGUGUGGCCCUGAGGGAGACGGCGUGCAUCAACCGGAGCCUUGCGGCCCUGGCCGACGUGCUGGGGGCCCUGUCAGAGCGCCGCGGCCACGUCCCUUACCGGAACAGCAGGCUCACCCACUUCCUCCAGGAGGCCAUUGGAGGUGACGCCAAGUUGCUGGUGAUCCUGUGUGUGUCCCCCAGCCGGAAGCACGUGGCACAGACUUUGCAGAGUCUGAGCUUUGGGACCCGAGCGCGGCAGGUCGAGCGUGGCAGGGCCGGGAGGAGGCCGCCCCACUCCCGGACAGAGGAGAGGGCCGCCAUCACCAUGGCCAGGCUCUUCCAGAGGAAGGACGGAUGCUGCCUGGAAUUCGUCUUCCCAUACCUCAGAGCUGCCAGCCUGCUCCUGGGUGUCCAGAUUAGGGAUGGGCUGGCCCGGCCUCUGCAGUCCAGUGGCUGUGGCAGCCACAGUCUAUGGCAUGUGGCCAAGGUGACCAACAGGCAGUGCCUGGAUGUGAAGAGUAAAGCAGAUGCCCAGGCAGACUCGCCCAAGCAGCCCUAUGCCAGCCCUAUGCUGUGGACUCGCCCAGCAGCCCUAUGCCAGCCAGGAGCUCAGAUCCUGCUCUCACUCUCCAGCAGGGCGGCCCACGUGGGCCAGGGCAGGUGA